AUGGCACUAGCCAAGGACCCUAUUUGCUCACUUCAAACCUCGUCUUUCAAUAAUGGAAACUUUGAUGAAGGUGGUGAUGAUCACUUGAAAAAGCUUGGCGGUGGUGUCAACAACUUUCAGAUGACUAGCUCUUCCUCAUGUUACUCUCCGGGUAGUGUUGAUUCCGACAGUUUCGUGUUCCGGCCACCGCAUGAGGAAGUUCAUUCAUUGAUAAACUUCAAAGGCAGUUCAAUGUACGACAACUUCAUUCAUCAAUAUCAUCAUGGGACCAAUUAUGGAUCUCUUCUUAGCUUUGAACAAAACGAGAAGGCUCCGCAAAGCGGUACUUACUUAAAAAGAGCAAGUCAAAAAGAUAAUUAUUCUAUGUGGGAUCCUCGCUUGGUGGAAGAUUUUAGUUGCUUUGAAACAGCUAGCAAUUUUAGCUCGAAAGAGAACAAUGGAGAUUGGUUAUACUCUGAAUCAGCAAUGGAUGCUGAUAGUAUACCGGAGUUACGGUCACCAGGAGUUGCCGGCGUUAAGCGUCUGAAUACGGGAGAUAGCACUCAAGCUUUGAAGAAACAAUGUAGCAAUGAAGCUAAGAAGGCUAAAUCAAAGUCCGGUCCUUCAAAGGAUCCUCAAAGCAUUGCAGCCAAGAAUCGACGUGAGAGGAUCAGUGAGCGGUUGAAGAUACUACAAGAACUAGUGCCUAAUGGUUCCAAGGUUGAUCUAGUUACCAUGCUGGAGAAAGCAAUUAGCUAUGUCAAGUUCCUUCAAUUACAAGUGAAGGUGUUGGCAACAGAUGAAUUUUGGCCAGUUCAAGGAGGGAAAGCACCUGAUAUUUCACAAGUUAGAGAAGCCAUUGAUGCUAUACUCUCAUCAUCACAGAAAGAUAUGAAUUCAAGCUAAAAGCCUUUUUUUUUUUUUAAUGUUACUGGUGUUUAAUUAAACAAAAAAGAAAAGGAGAACUUGAGUAGAUAGUAUAGGAAAUCUUUUUUUUUUCUUUCGAAGAUCUUGUAAUAGAUAUUUUCAUUUCUUAAUCAUCUAAUUUGAGCUAAGAUUUCCAACUUAUGAUCUUAGUUUCAUUUCAC